AUGUGCGGCGUUGGCUGGCAGACGCUGUCCCUGUCGCUGGGGUUAGUGCUGGCGGUCCUGAACGAGGUGGCGCCGCAGGCGUGCCCGGCUCAGUGCUCCUGUUCAGGCAGCACCGUGGACUGUCACGGGCUGGCGCUGCGCAGCGUGCCCAGGAAUAUCCCCCGCAACACAGAGAGGCUGGAUCUGAAUGGAAAUAAUCUCACGAGGAUUACUAAAACAGAUUUUGCUGGUCUCAGACAUCUAAGAGUCCUGCAGCUCAUGGAGAAUAAGAUUAGCACCAUUGAAAGAGGAGCAUUCCAGGAUCUUAAAGAACUGGAGAGACUGCGUUUAAACAGAAAUCACCUUCAGCUGUUUCCUGAGUUGCUGUUUCUUGGGACUUCUAAGCUCUACAGGCUGGAUCUCAGUGAAAACCAAAUUCAGGCAAUCCCAAGGAAGGCUUUCCGCGGGGCAGUUGAUAUUAAAAAUCUGCAGCUAGAUUACAACCAGAUCAGCUGUAUUGAAGAUGGGGCGUUUAGGGCUCUCCGGGAUCUGGAAGUGCUCACUCUGAACAAUAACAACAUUACUAGACUUUCUGUGGCAAGUUUCAACCAUAUGCCUAAACUUAGGACUUUUCGUCUCCAUUCCAACAACUUGUACUGUGACUGCCACCUGGCCUGGCUCUCUGAUUGGCUACGCCAGAGGCCUCGGGUUGGCCUCUACACCCAGUGUAUGGGCCCCCACCACCUGCGUGGCCACAAUGUAGCUGAGGUCCAGAAACGAGAAUUUGUCUGCAGCGAUGAGGAAGAAGGGCACCAGUCCUUCAUGGCCCCAUCUUGUAGCGUUCUGCACUGCCCGGCCGCGUGCACCUGCAGUAACAGUAUCGUAGACUGCCGUGGGAAAGGUCUCACUGAGAUCCCCACAAAUCUGCCUGAGACCAUCACAGAAAUACGUUUGGAACAGAACUCAAUCAAGGUCAUCCCUCCUGGAGCUUUCUCACCAUAUAAAAAGCUCAGAAGAAUUGAUCUGAGCAAUAAUCAGAUCUCGGAGCUGGCACCAGAUGCUUUCCAAGGACUCCGGUCUCUGAAUUCCCUUGUCCUCUAUGGAAAUAAAAUCACAGAACUCCCAAAAAGCUUAUUUGAAGGACUAUUUUCCUUACAGCUUCUAUUAUUGAAUGCCAACAAGAUAAACUGCCUUCGGGUAGAUGCUUUUCAGGAUCUACACAACUUGAACCUCCUCUCCUUGUAUGACAACAAGCUUCAGACCAUUGCCAAGGGGACCUUUUCACCUCUCCGAGCCAUUCAGACUAUGCAUUUGGCUCAGAACCCAUUUAUUUGUGACUGUCAUCUGAAGUGGCUGGCGGAUUAUCUCCAUACCAACCCAAUAGAGACCAGCGGUGCCCGCUGCACCAGCCCUCGCCGUCUGGCAAACAAAAGAAUUGGCCAGAUCAAAAGCAAGAAGUUCCGUUGUUCAGGUACAGAAGAUUAUCGAUCAAAAUUAAGUGGAGACUGCUUUGCAGAUUUGGCCUGCCCUGAAAAGUGCCGCUGUGAAGGGACCACCGUAGAUUGCUCCAAUCAAAAACUCAACAAAAUCCCAGACCACAUCCCUCAGUACACCGCAGAACUGCGUCUCAAUAAUAAUGAAUUCACGGUGUUGGAAGCCACUGGAAUCUUCAAGAAGCUUCCUCAGUUGCGUAAAAUAAACUUUAGCAACAAUAAGAUCACAGACAUUGAAGAGGGAGUGUUUGAAGGUGCAUCUGGCGUAAAUGAAAUACUUCUCACAAGUAAUCGUUUGGAAAAUGUUCAACAUAAGAUGUUCAAGGGAUUGGAAAGCCUCAAAACUUUGAUGUUGAGAAGUAAUCGCAUAAGCUGCAUAGGGAAUGACAGUUUCAUCGGCCUCGGUUCUGUGCGCUUGCUCUCUCUGUAUGACAAUCAAAUCACUACAGUUGCACCUGGAGCAUUCGAUACCCUCCAUUCUCUGUCUACUCUAAACCUCUUGGCCAAUCCCUUUAAUUGUAACUGCUACCUGGCAUGGUUGGGAGAAUGGCUUAGGAAGAAAAGAAUUGUAACAGGAAAUCCUCGAUGUCAGAAACCAUACUUCCUAAAAGAAAUCCCCAUCCAGGAUGUUGCUAUUCAAGACUUCACUUGUGAUGAUGGAAAUGAUGACAACAGUUGUUCUCCACUUUCUCGCUGCCCUACGGAAUGCACUUGCUUGGAUACAGUAGUCCGAUGUAGCAACAAGGGCUUGAAGGUCCUGCCGAAAGGUAUCCCGAGAGACGUCACUGAGCUGUAUCUGGAUGGGAACCAAUUCACACUGGUACCCAAGGAGCUAUCUAACUACAAACAUUUAACACUUAUAGACUUAAGUAACAACCGAAUAAGUACCCUUUCUAAUCAGAGCUUCAGCAACAUGACCCAGCUCCUCACCUUAAUUCUCAGCUACAACCGUCUCAGGUGUAUUCCACUCCGAACGUUCCACGGGUUGAAGUCUCUUCGAUUACUUUCUUUACAUGGAAAUGAUAUUUCUGCUGUGCCUGAAGGUGCUUUCAAUGAUCUUUCUGCCUUGUCACACCUAGCAAUUGGAGCCAACCCUCUGUACUGUGACUGCCACAUGCAGUGGCUGUCUGACUGGGUCAAGUCAGAGUAUAAAGAGCCAGGAAUUGCUCGCUGUGCUGGUCCCGGAGAAAUGGCAGAUAAAUUAUUGCUAACAACGCCCUCAAAAAAAUUUACAUGCCAAGGUCCUGUGGAUGUUAAUAUUCUUGCUAAAUGUAAUCCUUGUUUAUCAAAUCCCUGUAAAAAUGAUGGCACCUGCAACAAUGACCCAGUUGACUUCUAUCGAUGCACCUGUCCAUAUGGUUUCAAGGGGCAGGAUUGUGAUGUCCCAAUCCAUGCGUGUAUCAACAGCCCAUGUAAACAUGGAGGAACUUGCCAUUUAAAAGAAGGAGAAAAAGAUGGCUUCUGGUGUAUUUGUGCUGAUGGAUUUGAAGGAGAAAAUUGUGAAGAUAAUAUUGAUGACUGUGAAGAUAACGACUGUGAAAAUAAUUCUACAUGUGUCGAUGGAAUUAAUAACUACACAUGCCUUUGCCCACCUGAGUACACAGGAGAGUUGUGUGAGGAGAAGCUGGACUUCUGUGCCCAGGACUUGAACCCCUGCCAACAUGACUCCAAGUGCAUCCUGAUGCCAAAGGGAUACAAAUGUGACUGUACUCCAGGAUACAUAGGCGAGCACUGUGACAUUGAUUUUGAUGACUGUCAAGAUAACAAGUGUAAAAAUGGAGCCCACUGCACCGACGCAGUGAAUGGCUAUACCUGCAUCUGCCCCGAAGGUUACAGUGGCUUGUUCUGUGAGUUUUCUCCACCCAUGGUCCUCCCUCGAACCAGCCCCUGUGAUAAUUUUGAUUGUCAGAAUGGAGCUCAGUGCAUCAUCAAGAUAAAUGAGCCAAUAUGCCAGUGUUUGCCUGGCUACCAGGGAGAGAAGUGUGAAAAACUGGUCAGUGUGAAUUUUGUGAACAAAGAAUCCUAUCUUCAAAUCCCUUCAGCCAAAGUUCGGCCUCAAACAAACAUCACUCUUCAGAUUGCCACAGAUGAGGACAGUGGAAUCCUCCUGUAUAAGGGUGACAAAGACCACAUAGCAGUAGAGCUGUACCGGGGACGUGUUCGUGCCAGCUAUGACACCGGCUCCCAUCCCGCUUCUGCCAUUUACAGUGGAAAGGCUCACUUAAAUGGUUCAUUUGUGACUUUUGUGAGUCCUCAAAUACAUAGUUCCCUUGGGAGUGAUGAAAGAAAGUUUAUCUAUACUUAUCAGAACCCUGAAGGAUGCAUGCCAGGGAAAAACAACGUGGCAGCUGCUUUGCGCCAGGCCCCUGGGCAGAACGGUACCAGCUUCCAUGGCUGCAUCCGAAACCUGUACAUCAACAGUGAGCUUCAGGACUUCCGAAAGGUGCCCAUGCAAACAGGCAUCCUGCCUGGCUGUGAGCCAUGCCACAAGAAGGUGUGUGCCCACGGCACCUGCCAGCCCAGCAGCCAGUCAGGCUUCACCUGUGAGUGUGAGGAAGGAUGGAUGGGGCCCCUGUGCGACCAGAGGACCAAUGACCCCUGUCUGGGAAAUAAGUGUGUCCAUGGUACCUGCCUGCCUAUCAAUGCAUUCUCCUACAGUUGUAAGUGCCUGGAAGGCCACGGGGGAGUCCUCUGUGAUGAAGAGGAAGAUCUUUUUAACCCCUGUCAGACCAUCAGGUGUAAGCAUGGCAAGUGCAGGCUCUCAGGAGUUGGGCAGCCCUACUGUGAAUGCAGCAGUGGAUACACUGGGGACAGCUGUGAUCGUGAAAUCUCUUGUCGAGGGGAGCGAGUACGAGAUUAUUACCCAAAGCAGCAGGGCUAUGCCGCUUGCCAAACCACCAAGAAGGUGUCCCGACUGGAAUGCAAAGGCGGGUGUGCAGGCGGCCAGUGCUGUGGACCCCUGAGGAGCAAGAGACGGAAAUACUCUUUUGAAUGCACUGAUGGGUCUUCAUUUGUGGACGAGGUUGAGAAGGUGGUAAAGUGUGGCUGUACAAGGUGUGCCUCCUAG